CGAUGAUGAAGUAGGCUGUAUAAAGGACGUUCGCAAUAACAUCGCCCCGCAUUGUUCGUAAAUGGAUGAACUUGACAAUCUUUUGAAUGAGUUGCAUCAAACAAAUCAGAAAAUAUUGCAGAAAAAUAAUGCUCUAAAUUUACCCUCCGACUGUGGUAGUUCUCCGGCUUAUGUUACGAAAAUCGAUCAGCAGUACGAACUGGACCCUAAUAAAUCUCGACAACCUCAAAUUAAAACGAAACAAGCUGUUGAUAGGAACGGUGAUCAUUCGAAUCUACCACAACCGAGAAGUGUUCGUGAACUCAACAAAAUGUUAGCCAGUCUGGACAAUUUCGAUUAUUUACAUACUGAUCAGUUACCACAAGCAUAUUAUAGCUAUAAUCACAGCGAAAAAGAUCAAUCACAUGAAACAUCAGGUUAUCAUAUAAAUAAUUCAACAUUGGUUAACAAUCAUUCAGAUUAUGAUUUGAACACUCUACAGUCAAAUGAACAAACAAUGUUGGCAGCAAAAGAAGCUGAACGACAAUUAGACGAUUUAUUGCAUUCUUUAAAACAAUUCAAGAUUAAUAAUCAUCAUCAAAGUGAUUCUGGUGCUGAACUACCGAGUAGUAUGAGUAAUUCAUUCAUUGAUAAUUCAUCAUCGGAUAAUCAUCAGCGAAAUUCACAAACACUUUCACAUAAAUCGUCCACAUUAUCAAAUCAUAAAAUUGAUAUUCAUAACAAUACUAUGAUGAAUGGUCUGAAUAGUUAUAAUAUUAGGGUAGACAUUAACAACAAUAACAACAACAACAAUAAUGAUCAAGAUCAUCAUGAUGAUGAGGAUAAAUAUCAUCAAAAUAGUAAUAGACGAGUACAAAGACAAAAUGCUAAACGUAUCAUAUCACCGAAUUCCGAUCAAAUGAAUAAUGUUUCACCUAAAGAACAAAGUCCAGAUCAAUUAUUGAAUUCAAUGUUGAAUGAUUUAUCCAUUGAAUUAUCACAGCAUGGUGCAAAAACUAAUCCUCGUGGACAAUGUUAUGCUUGUAAAAAGCCUAUCAAUGGAACAUUAAUCACAGCUAUCGGUAAAGAAUGGCAUCCGGAACAUUUCACUUGUGCUAGUUGUCGUGUUGGUUUGGUUCGUCAAGAUUUUUAUGAACGCGAUGAUCAAGCCUAUUGUACUCAAUGUCAUCUACAAAUGUUCUCGCCUAGAUGUGGUUUUUGCGGUGAAGCAGUGGUUGAGAAAUGUGUUUUGGCUUUGGCACGUGCAUGGCAUCCUCAUCAUUUUUUUUGUUACAGUUGUCAUUCCACUUUAAAUGGAUCAUUAACAGUACAUGAACGAAAUGACAAACCCUACUGCUCCAACUGUUAUUUCACACUGUUUGGAACUCCAUGCUCCGGUUGUCAACAGCCAAUUACAGAUGCCUACAUUACUGCAUUGGAUAUGCCUUGGCACAAAGAUUGUUUUACUUGUCAUGAUUGUAAUAGAAUACUCACUGGGACAAGUUUUCAUGAAGUUGAUGGAUAUCCUUACUGUGAUUCACAUUAUUAUUCAAAACGUGGUUUAUUGUGUUUUGCAUGUUCAUUACCAAUUACUGGAAGAUGUGUGAAUGCACUUGGUAAACGUUAUCAUCCAGAACACUUUUUAUGCGCUUAUUGUUUACAUCCAUUACAAACUGGUACAUUUAAGGAACAUUUAAGCAAACCAUAUUGUCAUCAGUGCUUUACUCAAUUAUUUGGUUAGUAUGGCAUCCAUAUAUAUAUACUGUUCUGUUCUUAUUCUUGUUUACGUUUCAGAUAUUGAAUGUUGAACGGCUUUGUUUAUUACUUUUAAAUUGUCUCAAUAAUAUAAUAAACAAUCAAUGCUAAAUGAUUCUCAAAUGCUCACUUUCUUAUGCAUCAAAGCGUUGUACAUACUGUUUGUAUUCUGUUUUCUUCAUAUUUAAUCUUACAGCUCAUAACUUGUUUAUUGAUUAGUUUGAAUAGCUUACUUUAAUAGUUAUCAAGUGUAUUAUGUUAGCGAAUAUUCCAUUUCAUAACAUAUGAAUGUUUAUUGCAUAUAUGUUUAUAUUACUUGAUGUAAAAAAGUAGUAUAAUUAUUUUAUGAUUAUUUUAUUUUAUUGUCACGCAAUGAUUUCCGUCUAUUUGAUUAUCUUUAAAAGUC